CAUACCCCCUCACUAUCCCGAAGAGACCUCCAGACACAGAAACUGUUCCACAAUAAUCCUCCUCCGAUAGCUAGGCGUCGGGCCCGCUGCUGUUGAGGUGUCGAUAAGAUGGGAAGAGCCGCAAUGCAUCCCACCGACCGAAAGCGUCGGGUCACCACCUGUGUGCCCUGCUACACCAGGAAACAGAGGUGCAACCGCCAAUACCCGUGCAACCAUUGCACCCGACGUCGACGGCCGGAGGAGUGUGUCUACCAGUCCAUCGUUACUGGAGACUCCUCGAGCACUUUGCUCUUGGAGCCUACGAGAGACCCUGAGCCCCAGGAACCCCCCAAUAUCCACUUACCAGAUGGGUCUCCCAAGACCUCCCCGGCCGAGACACAGAAUGGCUCGUCUAAUUCACACUCAGCUCUGGCUAAAUCGUUCGGCUACUUCGAGCACAGUGAUUCUAACACAAUGGCUUUGCUAAAGAAGUGGGACUUGGGUGGCGAAGGGGACACAGACAGAAGCACCCAGGGCAUGUCAAGUGAAGUGCUACAGAAGGUCAAACAAGACCUGGAAAAAAUCCCUCCCCGUCCGAUCCUAGAUUUUCUGAUGCAGUAUUUCGUCGAUGAAUUGAACUGUCGGAACUCUUCAUCUCCGGCCAUCCUUUCGAACUUCCUCAAUCUAGAAGACGGCUCCGGAUUCUGGAUGUCUUCCGAAGAAUUAAAUCCAACCUUGAUGCCAGACAUGUUACCCAUGAUAGCGCAUGGUGACUCAUACUCAAUGCUGCAAUUUCCUUCUCUGGACCGUGCGUCUUGGAAUGGCAAUAUUCACUCGUAA